UUUUCACAGACUUGCGAAAAAAAGCGCUCUUUCUAUCUGUUCUUUGCGCAUGAAAACAGAGCCACUUUUCAUCUGAAAACUUGCCGUUCAUUCUUUCAUCUUUGAUCUGCACAAAAUAAUGCGUGUGAGUAUUUGAUACUACACCUUAUAUUCAUCUUCCUUCCAAAAAUCUCCAAAAUUUUCAUCAACAAUUUUUUUCUCUUCUUGAACCCUAAACAAAGUGCACCACUGUUGAUGAGUCUCUUGAUCGAUUUCUGAGUCAAGAUUGGGUGAUUUGGAGUGUUGUUCAUGAUUCUACAAGUUUGAAGGAUUUAAUUCAAGAUUCUUGGAACUAAGGCUAGAGCUAAACGUUGAGUCCUUGAGUUACAAAUAUUUGGAUUUGAGGCGUAUGGAAUCAUCUUUCUUCAACACUUCAAAUACCAAGAAAAUGGCAUAAACCAGGGUGUACUGCAGAAGUUGACAUUUUGUAUUCUUGCCAUUAUGAGAAGAGGGUUUCUUUUCCUAAUAUGGAAACAAUGAUAAUUUUCGGGGCAAUUAAAUUGGAGACAAUAUGGGAUAAGGACUAGUCGUACAUUCCCUUUUUUUCUUGUUAAAUUCUAAACAAAGGGUUGUUUAUGUUAUUUUAGAAAAAGUCAGGUCUGUAUAAUCUCAUUAAACGUGGAGAGGAGCAUGUAAAUUUACUUGACAUGUUUCUUUGUUUGGCAUUUGACUUCUAAUUUGUACCCUGUUUUUCAAAUACCAUGUUGAGGACGAGGGAACAUAUUAGUUCUUUGAAUUCAAGGAGUGAAGUAAAUACCGUGUCUAUCAUGCUGUUGUACUUAUUCCCAUAUGACUUUCGUGCAGACUGAUGGAAGGUUUCAACUUCAUUAACUUUAUAGUGUAUCAGUUUCUGUUGAUUAUAAGUUUGCACUUUUCGUUUUUUUUUCCUCUUCUAACUUUUGGCUCCAAAUGGAUUCUAUUAAAUAUUCAAUUCUGUAUAUUAAGGUCCAGUCAUGAUCUACUAGUUCUGGUUGUCUUCUGUAUUAUGUUUCUACAAGCUUCUGUACAUGCAAUCAGUUGUGUUGACAAAAAAAAGAUUUUUUGGGUGUCUCAGUUAGUUUUGCUUACAUUAUUUUGCUAGACUGAAAUGAAAAAUUCAAGCAACAGUAGUAUGGUUUAUACCUGGGGUGAAUCUAGGAUAUAAUACUUUGUUUUUUUAUUUAUUUUUGGGGGUGGGGCUGGGGGGCAGCCCCCAUGCCUCUCGUUAGACUGGUUGAGUUCUUUUUAAUUAUAUUCAUUGUUGGUAUUUUAAGUUUCUUUUUUUUUCCCUCGUGCAGAUACCAACCUCCUAUUCCAGUUGAUCAAGUAAAACCUUUAAAUGAAUAUGAAGAGGAAGGAGAAGGCUCACCAAGGAUGCGAGGAAGAGGGCGUGGGCGUGGUCGUGGAAGGGGCAGGGGUAGAGGAUUUUACAAUGGGGGUAUGGAAAAUGGUGAUGGCUGGGAUGGUGGACGUGGCUAUGGUGGCAGAGGGCGAGGUCGUGCAAGGGGUCGUGCUUUCCACCUGCCCCACGUGGUCGUGGACGUGGAAGGGGAAGAGGCCGGGGACGUGUUCGUUAUGAAGGCCGGGGAGCAGCUGCUUGAUAUAUGAUGUUGGUUAUCAUGUGUAUGUUCUGUUAGAUGGUUGUCCUUCUGCAUAUCAUUUGCGUGAUCUGUUAAUAUUUUGGUAUUAUUUGCAACGUUCAAUGUUGCAGCCAUGUUCCUGCAGUUUUGUUUUUGUAGUUUUUCUUUGUAACCUCUAUAAUUUUGCCUAGAUCGGUAGGUGGAGUUAGAUAUAUUUCAUUUGUUUAAAUACUUAAAAGAAUUAAAUUGUAAAUUUUUUUAAUA